GUUGCCCGUCCGUGUCCUUUGAGUCCGUGUCGUGGUUUGAUCUGUCGAUGAUGCGCUACGUGUUUUCCUAUUUUCCAAUUCUGCGACAAUUCCAACUAUAAUCAAAAAAAACGCUUCAGUCCACUGCUCGAAAGAUCGUAUCUUUUCUCUCAGUUGUCCCUUGUUUCUCCAGCUUUGCGCUAACACAAAAUCAGCCAAAAUGUCCCAGCAAGGAACGGUCAAAUUCUUCAACUCCGAGAAGGGCUUCGGUAUACUUUGAUUGUCAGUGAUGCCACGGAGUUUUGAACAUGUCGCUCUUAUGCCGAGCGAUCGAAUAUGAUGAUUUUUCUUUAUGUGUGCUGUUCAGCCCCGCGGAUAGAUCAUGUGUAUUCAAAAAGGAACAAAAUUUUUUGCAAAUCAGGCUUCAUCACGCCGGACCAGGGUGGCGAAGACAUCUUCGUCCACUUUUCCGCCAUCGAGUCGCAGGGAUACAAGAGCUUGAACGAUGGUAUAAAGUGCUUUGAUGGCCUGAUGCUUGGUUGACAGUUUGAGAUGCAAAUUGCCAUUGAUUUCAUUUUCAGGGGAUUUUCUGGAUAUUACUUUUGUACUACACGUAGAUGAAAAUAUCCAACUCAGGUGAAACCGUGAACUUCGACACUAUGUGGGACGACCGCAAGCAGAAGUCUUGUGCCUCCAACGUGACCGGGCACGGAGAUGGUGUCCCGCGCGCCAAGGGCGGAAAGGGAAAGGGCAAGGGCUUCGGCGGAAAGGACCAGGGAUACGGCGGUGGCUACUGGUAAAUCACUUCACCCUACACGACAAUGCGGAAGAAUCUUACGGUUUUUCGGGAGAUUUUCACCCGUCGUUGAUGUGAAUGUGAUAUGGGCUCUAAAGGUAAAAAGAGAACUGGAUCUUCUAUAUCUGUGUUGAAACCGGCUAGAUUUUGGAGAAACAGCAGCUACUGAGCUGCAGUCUCACCCUUUGCAAGGAGUUGCGAACACUGUGUGCGAGCGACCUCUUGCGAGGAUGCGCUUGUAGUCUCGGGCUCUGUGUGCUCGAAAAAAAAGCUGCUGAGUUUUUUAAAAUUAGAAUGCAUUGUUUUCUGAUGAAUACUUCUUUACUACUACUCAACAAAAUGGCAUUGAAAAUAGGAACAAUAGAGAGGUCAACUAAACACUAAUGGUACAUGAUGGCACGAAUCGACACUACCGUCGCUCAGACAGAUAGUAACCGAUAGAAACGGCACAAUGAUAGCGCUUUCACAGCACUCGAACACGGAAGUGGGAUGUGAGACUCCCCAUUAAUUGGAUAGAUGUUUUUGAUUGUGUAUACACAGCGUUUGUUGAAAGAUGUUUUCUUUUGCAUCAGACUGUAAUAUGCGAUUCUUAAUACUCUUCCAAGGAUGUAGUUGUCAAAAUAGCUCCUGCAAGCACAUGCACUCCAUGCUACGCUGCACUCCGAAAAAGAAUCACUGGAAUCUAAAUCUACGAAGGGACUGGCUUUUGGCAUUGGAGUACAAAACUCUUGUAUAAUGAUGUCAAAAUCGAAACAAGAUUGAUGGAUAGUGUAAAUAAAGAUCGAAAGGUAGAUUUUCUUACCCAGCACGCCUGUAACUUGUUAUAUGGAUCGCGGGAACAAAAAACAUAUCUUUGGUUUCAGCAGAACACUACUAGCUUGCACCACGAAGAAGCACGCUCUACACUCUGAAGACCUGAGGGGCUGUCCCUGGCCGCUCUGACACUGAUACGAACAUCGUGGUGCAGACUCUUGGUUAGCCAGUCGAACGUGAACGAAGGAUGCAGGAACGAUUUUCGUAGACCUCCCUGUUCCUAUGGGAAAUGGAGAAAAACAGAAAAAAACACAAAGUCGC